AUGGGUUCAGCUUUUGUAGAUGAUACUGUAAUGAAGAUCAAUCUAAUUAAAGAAAGGUUGAAAUCUGCACAAAAUAGACAGCAAAAGUAUUAUAAUCAGAAACACAGACUGGUUGAAUUUCAGAUUGGAGACUUUGUGUAUGUCAAAAUCAGUCCUAUGAAAGGUGUUAGUAUAUUUGGAAGAGUGAGCAAACUCAACCCAAGGUUGUUAUUGCCUGAUCAGAUGUCUGAUAUACACAAUGUGUUUCAUGUAUCCUCUUUGAGAAAAUGGAUAUCUGAUUCUGGAAAGAAACUUUCUACUGAUGAUAUUAAGGUUUAG